AUGCAUGAGCUUUUCCUUUCAGCAUCGGUGGAUAGCGAAGAUGUCUCCCGUGCUCUGCGUUUACUGCAAGGCUAUUGUGGUAUGAUCCCACAGCACUUUAUUCGACGACGGUUAGUAUUCGAAGGUCCUCGAAGCCGGAACAAUCUGAAAGGUCUUGAUCCCUCCUUUCUCAAACAGCAAUCGCCAAACAAACAGUUUUGGUGGAAGAACCUUAAUGAUCAGCUGAUUCGACAAUCGUAUGUUCUCACUCUUAUAUAUGAUGUUGAUAGGAGUCAAUUUGGUCAGCCAGAAAAGCAGGUUGGUAGUGAAGAAGGUAAACUGGGUCUUUUACCAUGUGAUGAGGUUCCAGGUACAUUACGUUGGACCGAUCUCCCCGAUCCAGCAAAUGCUGCGAUUGUGAAUAGUAGAGUGUUCAUUGCGAUUGAGAAUGAAAGGUCACUAUGUAAACUCCUGCAAGCAAGCAGUCACCGUCGAUACUUUGAAAUACCUCCCGAAUUCCAAGAAGUUGAUGGCAACUCACGGCCCAAGGUCAAUACCAGGUUGCCUCCCUUUGAAUUAUUGGAGCCGUUUGAUACUGAAGACAAAUGGAUCUUAACUGCUAGCGUGGAGGUCCAAAACGGAAAUGAUCCUGAUCAUAUGAAGAGUGCAAUGGCAGAGUUAUCGGGAGCCCAAGAAGAGUUUAGAGGAUGUUUUGCAUUGAAAGCAGCAGAUAGGCAUACCUUUGACACCAAGGUAAAAGCUCAGUCGUGA